GAGAGAGAGAGGAGAGAGGAGAGAGGAGAGAGGAGAGAGGGAGGAAGUGAAAGCAGCGCACUCAAUUCCGUUCUGAUUGGUACAAUCUGGUCAUCGCGUGGGUCGGCCGUUUCUACAUUCUCUGCAACUCCCCAUCCUCACGAUAAUAAUUGAAAAUUACUUUUACAUUCAUCAACACAACUCAUCAAAAACCACCGCUUGCUGUAUAAAUUAUUAUAUUCUGCAUUCUGUAAUUAUACACACACAUUCUGCGAGCAGAAGGGGCUUCUGACAGAGCUUCUUGGGUUGCGCACAAACUGUUCGACUUUGGGUCCCAAAGAAAGGUUCGUGUUCUUGCUUGCCAUCAUGGAUUCUCCUCAAUCUGUUGUCUCACCGUUCAAGGGCUCCUCUGUUUUUCCCGAGCCUGAGAAGCAGAAAGUUGAUUAUUCCUCUCGGAAUCCUGGCGGUUUGCCCAGGGGAAUCGAGGUUGCAAGCAAGGAAGCCUCUGGUUCUAAAUUAGACGAAGCCAUUGGUGUUCUUGAGGUCUAUAUACAUCAAGCCAGGGACAUCCACAAUAUCUGCAUAUACCAUAAGCAAGAUGUGUACGCCAAGAUUUGCCUUACUAGCAAUCCCGAAAAUACGGUCUCCACCCAGAUCAUCAAUGGGGGUGGGAAGAAUCCAGUCUUCAAUGAGAAACUACAGCUCAGUGUUCGAACAAUUGAGUCCUCUCUAAAGUGUGAGAUAUGGAUGCUGAGCAGGGUGAGGAAUUAUAUGGAGGACCAGUUGUUAGGGUUUGCUUUGGUGCCUUUGUCUGAAGUCCUAAUCAAGAAUGGGAAGUUGGAAAGUGAGUUCUCUCUCUCAUCAACUGAUCUCUUCCAUUCCCCGGCCGGGUUUGUUAAGUUGUCUCUCUCUUACAGCGGAACUUCCCCUGAAGUAGUGGUGCUUCCUGCACCAGUGGCAGAAACCGCAAACACGGUCAUCCAGGAUUCAGAAGUCACUGAAUUGAUCUCCAGUGAAUUUAGCAAGAUUGAAUUCCCUGAUCCAAAGAUCAUGAACCAGAAUCAUAUAAUGGUUUCAGAAUACUUUGGAAUGUCAUGCACCAAUUUGGACUCCCACUCCCAGAGCUCAGAGAGCUUGCUCUCCUCGGAUACUGAGAUUGGCUUGCGGGCCAUUAAGGACUUCUCAGCCGGCUCUGUUGAGUCAAUCCAGCCUCAGCAGCAUGAUUCUCCCCCGAGCAGUGUGUCGACGAAUGGAUCUUUCCAGACUUCACUUCCUGCGAGUUCUCAGUCCUCUGAUACUUCAGCACCUUCCAAAUCUCCAAACCAAGAAUGCAUUUCGCCUCCAAGGGAAAACCCGAAAGAGAAGAGGGAAGACGUGGGAGACGCUGAGAGUAAUGCCUCAGACAGGGUGCCUGGCGAUCCAAUCUCCAAGCCCAUUGUCACAGUUAACAUCGAACCAGAGCAGAAAGUGGUUCAACAGGAUAUAGUGGACAUGUACAUGAAAAGCAUGCAGCAAUUCACGGAAUCCUUAGCCAAGAUGAAGCUUCCGAUGGACAUUGCAAAUGAAACUAUGAGUUCUUCUGAGAAUUCCUCCUCCGAUCAGAAAUCAGAAGCCACCAAGAACAGUGGUUCCAGAGUGUUCUAUGGUAGUAGAGCUUUCUUCUGAGCUUUUGUUGGAGACGAUGAUGAAACUCAGUUGCCUUUUUAGAAAAAUUAGAGAACGAACUGAUCCCUGAUGCUGAUGGUAAUUGUCAUUUUGUCACACUGUUACAAUGUGUACUGCGGUGUUAUAUAUCCUUUGUAUGUGGGUAUGUUCUGAUGAUCCGAAGACCUUGACUUGUUAUCUUUUCCAAGCUUAGUUCCAACACAUUUGCUUUCUCUCUC